AGUUACCUUAUAGUGAGUCUUUAUGUUCAUCUUUCCAUCAACACCAGUUGUGUUAUUGUACACAUUGUGUCGUCCCCAGACCUACACGUUACCAGCACCACGCUGUUCUGUUAGUUCAAUGUCUAGUUGGAGUUAAGUCAUAAAGUCUACUUGUAUUCUUCAUCAUGCUAUUAUCCAAACACCUGACAUUAUGAUUAUUAUUAUGACUAUUUAAUCAUUCCUCUUAUUAGUGUAGAUAUGAAACAUCCGUCAAGGCCUUCAGGCUGCUACUCAUUUACUAUGAAAUCAUCCAUUUAGCUGUGGAGGACCCAGUUCAGCCCUUAUAUACCACUCACCAUACCCUUUCUCUUAAUACAUCCAUGUUAUAUCAGCACCACUCCAUUUCUUUUCAAGCUAAACUAGUUAGCAUGUAGCGAGCGAACAGUUCUACUGCUUCCUGUUAGCAUCAUCACGUUAGCAUCAUCACGGCUUCAUCAGUUCCCGCGCUGUGUGGCCUUGGUGUCUGGUGGUGAGCUGGUGGUGAGCUGGUGCCUGUAGAGGUCAGUAGAGAUGAACUGUGUUGUGGAGGGCAGCGCUGUGAAAGUAUUUGGAAAGGCUCUCCAGGCCCUGUCCCGGGUUGGAGAGGAGCUCUGGUUGGACCCCAUGGUCAGAGGGCUGGCACUGAGAUCAGUGAAUUCUGCUCAUUCUGCGUACGCCUGCUUCCUCUUCUCACCGCUCUUCUUCCAGCAGUACAGCCUGGCAUCGCUAUCAGAGCAGGGCAGUGAAACCAUCAGAUGCAAACUGGUCAUGAAGUCUGUUCUGCCUCUUUUCCGAUGUCUGGCCUCCAUUGAGCGUAAUGUGGAACGAUGUCGGAUAUCAAUCAGCACUCCCAGUGACCGAGUGAUGAUCCAGUUUUUCUGCAGGCAUGGCAUCACUAAGACCCACAACCUGUGUUACCAGGACAGUGAGGCUCUGCAAGCAGUGUUCGCCUCACACCUCUGUCCCAACGUGCUGAAAGCUCCUGCCAGACUUCUUGGUGAUAUGGUGAUGCAUUUCCCCGUGUCCCAGGAGGAAAUCACUCUGUCCAUGACUCCUCUGAGAGUCAGUCUGAGGAACUACUGUGAGGGGGGAAAUGAUCACAUAAAGAUGAUGUAUACUGAGAUGUCCCUACACCCAGACGAGUUUGACUACUUUCAGAUCGGAGUGGAGUCGGACAUCACCUUCUGCCUGAAGGAGUUGAGGGGUUUCCUGUCCUUUGCAGAGUCACAUUGCCUUCCAGUGUCUGUCCACUUCGGUGCUGCAGGAAAGCCUGUGUGCUUCUCUGUGGAGGACGUGGUUCUGGAGGCUACUGUGGUGCUGGCGACUCUGAUGGAAUCUGAAAGCAGGGCCCCCUCUCAGCCUACUACCCCCCCCAGGUGUGCAGAUACUGCUCUUCUACCUGUGGGUUGGUGUGAAACAGACGGAAGUAAGGCUCAGGAUGUCCCUGCUGUGAUGGAGCUGAUAGCAUCCAGCCAGGGCAGCCCUAUAGACAACCCAGCUGCUCUGAUGCUGCCUCAGACUGGUGUCACUGAUGAGGUCAGCGCCACCACCACUCCUGCUUCCUCCACGAUCUGCUCCCUCCUCUUCAGGGCCUUGUCCUCAGAGCAGGACACUGAUGGAUGUGCUGCCACGCUGCCUGUUCUGGCGUGUUACAGUGACGGAGAGGACGAUUAAACACUGUGAGAACACACUACAGGUUAGGGUGACUUGUUGUGAUGCUGUCAACAGGAGGCCACAGCAUUCAAUUGGAGUCAGAAUGAUACCAUCCAACUUUCAGUUUUUAUGCAUGUUGUUAUGGCUCAAACGUUGCUUUGCUUGUUUCAGUUGUUUUCAAGGUGUUAAGCUUCCCCACAUUGUUCAGGGGGAAAUUCAAGAGAAUGUAUUUAUAAUAAUUAUUUAUCAAAGAACACAUCAAGUUAUUUAUUUUGUCAGUUUCAGUGUGUAUAUAUAUUAUAUAAAUAUAUGUAUAUAAAUAUAUUUGAACUAGC